AGUUUAUGCAUAAUCAUUAAUCAAUUAUCAAAAACUCUCUAACGCAAUAUAUAGAUUUCCCCUUAAAAAGACAAAUUUAUUCACGAACCAGGAACGUCUAUUGACUGCAGAGUGCAAAUGCUCUUCAAUGCAAAACCCUAAUUUGAAUUUCAAAACCCCCAAAUUACAGCAGAAUCAACUACUACAAAACCAGAGUGAAAAUUAGCAUUCAAUUCGCCCAGUAAUGGCGAAUGCUCCGCCACCCAACCUUCUCGACGAGUCCCUCGGCGACACAGCAGGCGGCGGAAGGAUGAUUCUGGUGGAGGACUGCGUGGAGACUAGCGGAGCUUUCGUGGUGCAUCACUUGCUCAAGCGAGCUCUCCACCCUCACUCUUCCGACGCCGUCGUGUUUCUCUCCUUCUCUCACCCUUUCUCUCACUACGAUCGCGUUCUCCGCAAAAUGGGCUGCAACCUGAGUGUUCAAAGAGAUAAUAAGAGAUUGCUGUUCUUUGACAUGCUUGCAUUGGAUCAUCUAGAUAGGAAUCGAGGGAAGACUAGCGAGGAUAUACUUAUUGCAUUGUAUGGAGAAGUUCAGAAAGCAGUAGAAGUUUCUCGAUCACACGAAGGAAGACAUAAUAUCACUGUAGUGAUAGAUGAUGUCUCUCUUAUGGAAGUGGAUGCCAAAGGCUCAUCUGACCUUGUUCUCGAUUUUCUACGCUACUGCUACAGUUUAACAGCUCAAUUUGGUUGUUCCCUUAUUGCUCUUAACCAUGAAGAUCUGUAUUCAACCGCGCAUCAACCCAAUCUGCUUUUACAAUUGGAGUACUUGGCGGAUACAGUAAUAAAGAUCGAACCUUUAGCUACAGGUUUAGCGAAAGACGUCCAUGGACAGUUGACCGUUUCAAACAGAAAUCUUCGACUUGGCUCUGGCAAAUCAAGAAGCAGGGUUCAUAAUUUCCAGUUUAGGAUAAAGGAUAGCAGCGUAGAAUAUUUCUAUCCCGGGAGUAAGACUUGAAAUGGCCGAACUUGAAGAAUCGAGUUUUUUGCGCCUUCGACGAGCUCCAUAUGGUGAAACGACAGCAUUAAGGUUGAAUGUGUUCUACUGAGUUACCAACCUCGUUGUUUGUCAAUGUAUCUUCCUAUCUCAUUCUUUUCAAUCUUCUCUUUGAGAUGGAUCGUAGGGGAAUUCAAAUUUUACAGAACAGGAUAUAUAUUACACAACUUUUGUCAGACUGUGUGGUGGGUCAAGGUCCGUUAGACUGUAGCCAUAUUUGGAUUCAAAUCGCAUUAUAAAUUAUUUGUCAGACACAUUUUAUAAA